AUGACCAAAAGGCCGGCCGACACCAAGACCUCGCCGAAAGCCAAGGCUAAAAAGGCCGAGAAAGCCGAUGAUGCAAAUUCGAGGUUUGAGCCUAUCUUUCACUUGGUUGGGAUGGCAAAUGUGACGGAGUCCACAAAGGCAAUGCUCUCGGGCAUGGUCCCCCACUGUUUUCGCACUUGCCCGGCCGACCGGCACGACUUCCAGCAGAAGAUGACUGCGGGCCUCGUAGAGUUGGUGAACAACGUGGAAGCUGACCAUGUCCGAGUGGUGGAAGAAGCCCGUGUGACCUUUGAGGAUGUCCAAAAGCAAUCUGCAGAAGCUGCAAAAGCAGUCGAAGUUGCUGCAGAGGAAGCAGCCAGCGCUCGAGCAGUUCGGACUCAGAAGGAAGAGAUGCUUCAAGAAGCAGAGAAGGAAACCAAGCUUGCUCAGGCAGCCGUCGCCGCAGCCAAAGCAAAGAUGGAGAGUAUGGAAGCAGAUCGCUCUGCCAUAGUUGCUGAGAAAGCUGAGUAUGAGAGCCUCCUUGAAGGAGACUGGGCAGUACUCAAGGCUGGAAGCAUGGAUGGGAAGAAGUGGCGUGAGCGGUCCAAGCUCAUCACAUUUGUGCUGAAGAUGUUGGAGCCUGUCGGUCUAGAUGCUGCGUUAAAUGGUGCUUUGCCAGUUGCGCUGAAAACGAAGCCAGCAGAUCGUGGCAAGUUUGCCGAGAAGGCUAUUGCCUACUCAGAGGAGCUUCUACACAGAGCCAUUGCCAGCUACAGUGAGAAGCUGGAAGGCUUCGAGACAGAGGCCUCCAGCCGUGCACAAGCACUGACAGACGCAGAAGCUGGUUUGGAAGCAGCAGCGCAGCUGCAAGAGCAGAGACAGGCAGACUUCUUGUCCGCUGACGCCAUUGUGCGGGAAAAGGAUGCUACCUUGGCAAGCGCCAAGAAAGCUGAGAAGACUUUAGCGCCAAGAAGUAGCAAGACCAAAGCGAGCUUGGCAGACGCCGAGGAUAGCCUUUUGCAGGUGCGGAACCUGAUGACCGAAUUUCAGAAUCUCGUCAAGGGUGAAGAAGGCUGA